UAUAAUCCAUACGUUUGUGAGAUAGACGUAACUACAUAAAUUCUGGAGUUGGUAUGAAUACCCACUUUCCACUUCUGUUAUUUUAUGUUAGCCACUGUUAAUAAAUACCUUAAGAUUUGGACACACUUAAAAGAGAUAAAAUAAGGCUGGUUAGGUAAAGUCUUGAGUUAAAUAUCAACUUUAGAGAGUCUUCAUCCAAAGGACUGCAUUUCAAAAGUUGUAAAGUUUAAUAAAGUGAAAAUCUCAAAUAUUGGUCUUAAAAUUUUUCUGGCUCACCAUUUUCUUUCUGCAUUCGAAACAAGUUUUGGUAAAACAAAGUGUCACCUCUUGGGCUGUCAGUGCCUCCACUACGUCCUAACAGUUGUUGAUUAUGCAACGUGAGCACAGAAUUCCAGUGGACCUUGGAAGCAUAGUUCAGCAGGGCUCAAAACAGGUAGAAUUUAAGCACAAGUUAACCUUGUGAGGCAAGCUGCAUAGCAACCACGAAUGCUAUGUACAAAUCAAGUGGAAGGUAUGGUGGGCAUGCUUGUAUCUUCUCUGCUCAAGCUCAUGCUCCACCACCCUAUACCUCGCUUAGAAAACACAACUUCAAAGGUAAAAUUAUAAAGAAUUUUCAAGAUUCAGCAGCAGGGCUUUUAAAUGAGUGCAGGGCCCUGUAUGAUUGCACAGGCUGUACAUACAUGAAGUUGACACUGGUAAUAAAUUAUUAUCAUCAAACAUGCAAAGAGAUCCCGACUUUCCACUUUGGAAUCUAAAUGUAAAAAACACUAUCUAGUGACAGAAGGAAACUAGAUAGAUUGCUGUCAAGUCAGCUCUGACUCAUGGCAACCUUAGGUUACAAUAGAACGAAACUUACCCAGUCCCGCAGCUAUCGUGCCAGUCUGUCUCACCGAGGGUCUCCUUGCCCUUACUGGCUCUCUACUUCACCAAACAUGAAGAAAACUAGGAGACCAUUGAAGAAAGAUUAUACAUAUAAACUGCUUUUUGUACUGUACACUUUGUUUUGGUUUAAAACAUUAAGCUUUGAAUACCUUUUUCCUACUAGUCUGUAUAGUUAUAAUGAAACCCCUUAUCAAACCCGUUGCCGUUGAGUUGAUUCCGAUUCACAGCAACCCUGUAGGACAGAGUAGAACUGCCCCCGUAGAGUUUCCAAGGAGCGCCUGGUGGAUUUCAACUGCUGACUUUUUGGUUAGCAGAUGUAGCUCUUAAUGAUUCUGUAGCUCUUAACCACUACGCCACCAUGGCUUCCAUAGUUAUAAUAGGACUUAACAGUUAUUUAAAUUAUGUGGUUAUUUGUGUAGUGUAUUUGUCAUCUACCAGACAACAACUUCAUUGAGGGCAGGUGCUCUCAAUUAGUUGUGUUCAGUGUUGUACCCCACCUCACCUCUUUGUUCAGCAUAGUGCCUAGCACUUAGUAAGCAUUCAGGAAACUAUAUUAAAUGAAUGAGCUUGAAAAGAUCAUAGAACUUUCUAAGUGGUCUGGUAGAAGUUUUUCAAGGACUGCACAUUUGAUUUUUCAUUAUUUCUUUAUGCUUUUGACCUACAGCUUAUGCAACCAAAUUAGGAUAUUUUUGUGUAUCCACCUACAUUGUCAAAAUUCAAUCAAUUUAUGUAGUGGGGUUGCCAAAAAUAGUUUCAUGUGGUAUAAAUUUUAUCUCUCAUAGGACUCUGCCUCUUUGUCUCAUCUCAAGAGGUUUGCUUCGAGCAGAUUUCUGACUAGGUUAGCUUCUCUUAUCCUGCAAGAAAUUUUAGGAAUGGAGUCUAAGCCUUCAAGGAUCCCAAGAAGAAUUUCUGUUCAGCCCUCCAGCUCUUUAAGUGGCAGGAUGAUGUCUGGAAGCAGAGGAAGUAGUUUAAAUGAUACCUAUCACUCAAGAGACUCUUCAUUUAGACUGGAUUCUGAAUAUCAGUCUACAUCAGCAUCUGCAUCGCCAUUUCAUUCUACAUGGUAUAAUGAAUCUGAGAUCACUCAGGGAGCACGCUCAAGAUUGCAAAACCAGCAACAGGAUCAUGAUUCAAAAAGGCCUAAACUUUCUUGUACAAACUGUACGUCUACCUCAGCUGGGAGAAAUGUUGGAAAUGGUUUAAAUGCAGUGUCAGAUCCUUCCUGGAGACAUAGUCAAGUUCCCAGAUCUUCAUCAAUGGUACUUGGAUCAUUUGGAACUGACUUGAGAGAGAGGAGAGAUUUGGAGAGGAGAGCAGAUUCCUCCAUUAGUAAUCUUAUGGAUUAUAGCCACAGAAGUGCUGAUUUUACAACUUCAUCAUAUGUUCAAGACAGAGUUCCUUCUUCGUAUUCACAGGGAGCGAGACCAAAAGAGAACUCACUGAGCACUUUACAGUUGAAUACAUCAUCCACAAACCAUCAACUGCCUUCUGAACAUCAGUCCGUACCGUGUCCUAGGGACUGUAGCAGAAGUUCUUUAAGAUCAAACUUUUCUCAAAGAGAAUUGGAACCUCCUCAAAGCAGUACACAGCCUGGAUUUUCUUAUAUUUCAAAUAGAGGUGAUAGCCCGACCAUAAGCAGUUCAGAAAGGGUUGCUUCAUCUCAAAGAUCAUUUCAAGAAUCUUCUGACAAUGAAGGAAGGCGUACGACCAGGAGAUUGCUGUCACGCAUAGCUUCUAGUAUGUCAUCUACUUUUUUUUCACGGAGAUCUAGUCAGGAUUCCUUGAAUACAAGAUCAUUAAGUUCUGAGAAUUCUUAUAUUUCUCCUAGAGUCUUGACAUCUUCACAGUCUCGUAGUAAUGCAGCAUCAAGUUCUGAAGUUCCAGAUAAUAGGGGAUCUGAAACAUCUCAGGGAUUUCGAUUUCUUAGGCGAAGAUGGGGUUUGUCAUCUCUUGGUCAAAAUCAUAGCUCUGAACCAGAUUCAGAAAAUUUUAACCAAGAGUCUGAAGCUAGAAAUACAGGACCAUGGUUAUCUUCCUCACUUAGAAAUAGAUGCACACCCUUGUUCUCUAGAAGGAGGCGAGAAGGAAGAGACGAAUCUUCAAGGAUAUCAGCCUCUGAUAUACCAUCUAGAUCUCAUAUUUUUAGAAGAGAAGCUAAUGAAGUGGUUCACCUUGAAGCGCAGAAUGAUUCCCUUGGGGCUGCUGCCAGCCGACCACAAGCAUCUGCAGCAUCAGGCAGUGCUGCCACAGGUGGCUCUACAUCAGAUUCAGCUCACAGUGGAAGAAAUGCAGGAAUAACUGGGGUUCUUCCUGGUUCUUUAUUCAGAUUUGCAGUCCCCCCAGCACUUGGAAGUCAUUUGACUGACAAUGUCAUGAUUACUGUAGAUAUUAUCCCUUCCGGUUGGAAUUCAUCUGAUGGAAAAAGUGAUAAAACCAAAAGUGCACCUUCAAGAGAUCCAGAAAGACUACAGAAAAUAAAAGAGAGCCUUCUUCUAGAAGACUCUGAAGAAGAAGAAGGUGACUUAUGUAGAAUUUGUCAGAUGGCAGCUGCAUCAUCAUCUAACUUGCUGAUAGAACCAUGCAAAUGCACAGGAAGUUUGCAGUAUGUCCACCAAGAGUGUAUGAAAAAGUGGUUACAGGCCAAAAUUAACUCUGGUUCUUCAUUAGAGGCCGUAACCACCUGUGAACUUUGUAAAGAGAAGUUGCAGCUUAACUUGGAGGAUUUUGAUAUUCAUGAACUGCAUAGAGCUCAUGCAAAUGAACAAGCUGAGUAUGAGUUUAUCAGCUCUGGUCUCUACCUAGUUGUAUUAUUGCACUUGUGCGAACAAAGCUUUUCUGAUAUGAUGGGAAAUACAAAUGAACCAAGCACACGUGUCCGAUUUAUUAACCUUGCAAGAACUCUUCAGGCACAUAUGGAAGAUCUCGAAACUUCAGAGGAUGAUUCCGAAGAAGAUGGAGACGAUAACAGAACAUUUGAUAUUGCCUAGUAGCUUCAUAUAAGACAAAUGGAUGAUUUGUGAACAGGUGUUUAUUAAAAUUGGCAAUUAAGUAUCAAUUAAUUUUGUGGGGGAAUGCCUAUUAAAUACAUUGAUUAUAUCUAUACAUGUAAUGAAUAUAUAUAUAUACACAUGUGUACAUGUAUAUGUAUAUUCAUUCUCAAGUGUUGAAUUAAAAUUUUACUGCUGGACCUUUUAACAUGGCCAGUGAAUCUAAUGUUUUAUAAACUGGUAAUCAAAAGUAUUUUUCUUUUAGGUGAGUGGGAAAGUGUUAUCCUUGUUUUAAGUAUCUAACCAGUGCCCACCUCCAACCUUUUUUUGUGUUCUGAUUACUGUAGUCAUAUUUAUGAAAAAAGGUUCGUGUUUUACUAGUGGAAAAAAUGGGAUAAAAUGUUUUCAAAAUAAAUUGCCAAAUGGCACCUAUUAUUAUUUCCUAUUAUUUUGCCAUAAGUUGCAGUCUCAUUUUGAUAAUCAUUUGCUUCCAGUGUUCAAAAAAAUAAUGAAUGGGGAGAAGGUUCUGAAGAACAUUAUAUUAGGUUCCCAAAUUUAAUUUGAAUUCUAAAUUCACCUAGCAAUAAAAUCUAAUUUUUAACCAAGUAUAUACAUGGAAAAUAUAUAAAUGAUGGAUGAUUUUUUUGUAUUGAUUUGAAAAAUCCAGAUUAUAUUUAAUAGGUCAUAGUCAUAGUAUGUAGAUAUUCCUUUUAGGAAUAUUACAGCUAUAAAUUAUAUAAAAAUUGCCAGUAAAAUGCUAUUUGGUUAAAAAAAUUGCAAUCUCAAGUUAAUGGAAUAUUUUUAAAUCCCACAUUCAAAGUUUAAAACACUGGUUUUCAAUGUGUUUUUUAGUGUUGUCACUUCUUUAGAUAAAUAUGAUAUAAAUAAACUGUUUAAAUCUUGAUUGUUUUUAACUGUUCUUUGGUAAGUCUGAGCAUUUAUUUGAUGACUUAUUAAUAUUUUUCACUACCUUUGGAGAGCAGAUGAACAUUACACCUAUUCACCAUGAAUAGGUCUACACUGUGGUCAUUAGUUUUGUAUACUUCAUGACAUUGUAUUUUUCCUCUUUCGACACCCUUAAAUACACUUAAAACCACCUCCAGGUGGUUUAAAGUUGUAGUCUGGUGUCAUGACAACAACUUUUUCAGAAGUUAAAUAGAAACCAUGUGCUUUCUCAAAUAUGAAUGAGUGGUUUGUCCAAUGUAAGUCAUUUUGUUGGUAUUAUGUAAAACAGCUCAAAAUAAAGUGCUUACCGAUUGGUUUAUGUUA